CCUUGCAGCGCCCAAAGAAGACCCACAUCCAGCUUUUCUCCAUUUCUAUUUUUUCCUCUCUCCCCUAUCCAGUCAGUCUCCUUCUCAGUUUCCAAUUUCAUACGGUUCCCGUCUCCUCCUGUGAUUCUCGUCGUCUUCAUCUCAAAAGCACAAGAAAGGAGCGGAUCCCUGUGGCUUAUAGUCACCUGCCGGUGUUCUGAUCCCUAUAAAACCAAGUUUACGCACACCCAAUGCAAACCUCCUCCUCUGUUCUCCUUCCUUCCUUUUCUUCCUACUCUGCGACUCCCACCGCCGGCCGAGGCCCGAAAGCUGAAACUAACCUUACGAGCUUUGGCACGAACUCCUAGUUCCUGGGGGAUCGAUGCAAUCCUUUUCCUCAGCCAACCUCCUUGAGCUGGCCGCCGGCGAGGACGCCGACUUUGUCGCCUCCCCGCGUCGCUUUCCGCUCCUGCCCCGCCUCAUGGAUGACGCCGCAGCUACCGGCGAGGACAACGCUCCAGGCUCCCCGGCGCAGCGGGAGCGGCGGAUCGUUGUCACCCACCGCCUUCCCCUCCGUACGGUUCCCGAUCCCUCUGCGCCGGCUGGCCUAGCCUUCUCUUGGGAUCCCGAUGCGCUCGCGCUUCAGCUCCGCGCCGGAUUCCCGUCCUCUUCCGAGGUCAUUCAUGUCGGCACCGUUGCUGUUCCCAUCGACCAAGCCCACCAUGCGUCCAUCUCCCGUAUUCUAUACGAACGUUUCAGGUGCCUCCCUGUUUUCAUUCCCGCCGAUCUCCACCAUCGCUUCUACCAUGAUUUCUGCAAGCAUUAUCUCUGGCCCCUCCUCCACUACCUCCUGCCUUUCUCACCGUCGUCUUUAGGCGGUCUGCCCUUCGAUCGUUCCCUUUGGCUCUCCUACCUCUCCGCCAACAAGCUUUUUGCCGACCGCGUCAUCGAGCUUCUAAACCCAGAUGAUAGUCUUGUGUGGAUCCACGACUACCAUUUACUUGCUCUUCCGACCUUCCUUCGAAGGCGCUCCCCUCGUGUAAAGUUGGGAUUUUUCCUCCAUGCGCCCUUCCCUUCGUCCGAGAUAUUCCGUACCAUUCCCGUUCGCAACGAGCUGCUUCGCGCCCUCCUGAAUGCUGAUCUCGUUGGUUUCCAGACCUUCGACUAUGCUCGCCACUUCCUCACCUCUUGCUCCCGGUUACUUGGCCUGGAUUAUCAGUCCAAGAGAGGGUAUAUUGGCAUUGAGUACUAUGGAAGGACGGUCACAGUCAAAAUCCUCCCGGUCGGGAUUGACAUGGGGCAGCUCGAAUUGGUGAUAUCUUCUAAAGAUACCAUUGCCAAAGUCCACGAGCUCACAGCAAUGUAUAAGGAUAAGAUCUUGAUGUUGGGAAUCGACGAUGUCGAUCUCUUCAAAGGCAUUGGAAUGAAGUUGCUCGCAGUGGAGCAAUUGUUGGAGGAGCAUCCGCAGUUAAGAGGGCGUGCAGUGUUGGUCCAGAUCACUAACCCCCCAAGGAGUGAAGGAAAGGACGUGCAGAAGGUUCAGGAUGAAAUAGGGUCAAUCUCACGGAGAAUCAACGAACGUUUUGGAAGACCUGGAUACGAGCCCAUUGUAUUGAUCAGUCGCACUGUACCAACCUACGAAAAGGCUGCCUUUUAUGCAGUAGCUGAAUGUUGUUUGGUGAAUCCAGUGAGAGACGGAAUGAAUUUAGUUCCAUACAAAUACACAGUCUACAGACAGCUGAGUCCAGCGUUAGCAGAUGCUCCAAAGAAAAGUAUGAUCAUUGUUUCGGAGUUCAUUGGGUGCUCACCAUCUCUGAGCGGUGCUAUUCGAGUUAAUCCAUGGAAUGUGCAUGCAGUGGCGGAGUCGAUAAACUUGGCCAUAACAAUGCCAGACACUGAGAAGCAACUGCGUCACGAGAAGCAUUACAAGUAUGUUAGCUCUCAUGACAUUCCUUACUGGGCAAGGUCGUUUGAUCAGGACUUGCAGCGUGCUUGUAGAGAGCAUUUCCAUAGGAGGUGUUGGGGGAUUGGGUUUGGGAUGAAUUUUCGGGUUGUUGCUCUUAGCCCUAACUUUAGGAAACUAUCUGUUGAGCAUAUCGUUGCCUCGUAUCAAAGGACAAACAGUAGACUCAUCUUGCUCGAUUAUGAUGGGACAAUGAUACCGCAGUCGUCCAUUGAUAAAAAGCCAAGCUCUGAAGUUAUCUCAGUAAUAAAUGGAUUGUGCGAUGACCCGAAGAAUGUUGUUUUCUUGGUUAGUGGUAGAGGGAAAGAUGAGUUGAGCAAAUGGUUUGCCCCCUGUGAGAAGUUGGGAAUCUCUGCAGAGCAUGGAUAUUUCACUAGGUGGAAGAGGCAUUCGCCAUGGGAAUCUUGUACGUUAGCUUCAGACUUUAAUUGGAAGAAAAUUGCAGAACCUGUCAUGACGCUUUACACGGAGGCCACGGACGGAUCUGCCAUAGAACAUAAAGAAAGUGGGCUGGUAUGGCAUCAUCAAGAAGCAGAUCCUGAUUUUGGGUCUUGCCAGGCAAAGGAACUCCUUGACCAUCUCGAGAAUGUGCUUGCCAAUGAGCCCGUGGUUGUGAGAAGGGGUCAACAUAUUGUAGAAGUGAACCCUCAGGGCACAGGCAAAGGCAUGGUUGUGGAAAAUCUCAUGACAGCAUCGUCGAGCACUGGAAAGGCACCAGAAUUUCUUCUUUGUAUAGGGGACGACCGGUCGGAUGAAGACAUGUUUGAGAGUAUUAGCCGUUACACAAGCGAUCCAUUGGCCCCAGCAAUUGGAGAAGUCUUUGCGUGCACAGUGGGUCAAAAACCAAGCAAGGCUAAGUAUUAUCUCGAUGAUACAGCGGAGGUCAUAAAUUUGCUUGAAGGUCUAGCCGAUUCAUCAUGCGUAAAACCACCCUCGUCUGCAGAGCUUCAAGUAUCAUUUGAAGGCUCUCUCUAUGUUGUUUAUUGAUUAGUUGAGUAUUAUCAAAAAGGUGUCCCUCUCUUUGAUUUUUAGUCGACUUUUUACACUUUCUAGUUCUUAUACUCAAAUGGAAAUACUCGAGUACCCUUUUCUUUAA